GGGAGGGUAGCGGAGCCGGCGCCGCCGCCAUGUUGGGUCUGAGGCGGCUGCUGUAGGCGCCGACGGAGCGAGCGGACGUGCGGAGCAGCGACAGCGGCGUGGGAUCUGCCUCUCUGCGAGCGGCCCGGAGCGGCGGCGGCGGCGCCAUGAGCGGGGGCACCCCUUACAUCGGCAGCAAGAUCAGCCUUAUCUCCAAGGCGGAGAUCCGCUACGAGGGCAUCCUCUACACCAUCGACACCGAGAACUCCACCGUAGCCCUCGCCAAAGUUCGGUCCUUUGGUACAGAAGACAGGCCAACAGAUCGUCCCAUACCACCUCGAGAUGAAGUCUUUGAAUACAUCAUAUUCCGUGGAAGUGAUAUUAAAGACCUCACGGUUUGUGAGCCGCCCAAACCACAAUGUUCUUUGCCUCAGGACCCAGCUAUCGUUCAGUCUUCACUAGGCUCAUCUACUUCCUCAUUCCAGUCAGUGGGUUCCUAUGGACCUUUUGGCAGGAUGCCGGCAUACAGUCAGUUCAGUCCAAGUUCAUUAGUCGGGCAGCAGUUUGGUGCUGUUGGUGUUGCUGGAAGCUCCUUGACAUCCUUUGGAACAGAAACAUCAAAUAGCGGUACCCUGUCCCAAAGUAGUGCAGUUGGUUCUGCCUUUACACAGGACACCAGAUCUCUAAAAACACAGUUAUCUCAAGGUCGUUCAAGUCCUCAGUUAGACCCUUUGAGAAAAAGCCCAACCAUGGAACAAGCAGUGCAGACCGCCUCGGCCCACUUACCUACUCCGGCACCUGUUGGGAGAAGGAGCCCUGUAUCAACCAGGCCUUUACCAUCUACCAGCCAAAAAGCAAUAGAGAAUCAAGAGCACAGGCGAGCUGAAGUGCACAAAGUUUCAAGACCAGAAAAUGAGCAACUCAGAAAUGAUAGCAAGAGACAAAUAGUUCCAGGUGCUCCUUCAGCUUCAAGGAGAGGGCGUGGGGGUCAUCGAGGUGGCAGGGGAAGAUUUGGUAUUCGACGAGAUGGUCCAAUGAAAUUUGAGAAAGACUUUGACUUUGAAAGUGCAAAUGCACAAUUUAACAAGGAGGAAAUUGACAGAGAGUUUCAUAAUAAACUUAAAUUGAAAGAAGAUAAACUGGAGAAACAGGAGAAACCUGUAAAUGGUGAAGAUAAAGGAGACUCAGGAGUUGAUACCCAAAACAGUGAAGGAAAUGCAGAUGAAGAAGAUCCACUUGGACCCAAUUGCUAUUAUGACAAAACUAAAUCCUUCUUUGAUAAUAUUUCUUGUGAUGAUAAUAGAGAACGGAGACCAACCUGGGCUGAAGAAAGAAGAUUAAAUGCCGAAACAUUUGGAAUCCCACUUCGUCCAAACCGUGGCCGUGGAGGGUACAGAGGCAGAGGAGGUCUUGGGUUCCGUGGUGGCCGAGGGCGUGGUGGUGGCAGAGGUGGUACGUUCACCACCCCCCGAGGAUUUCGUGGUGGAUUCAGAGGAGGUCGUGGGGGCAGGGAGUUUGCAGAUUUUGAAUAUAGGGCAUGUCAGCUACCUGUUGAAGAACCUAUGACAACUCCUUGUUGAAGACCACUUUGAGUCAGCUUGGUUUGAGAAAAAAAAGACAACAAAGUUGCUGCAUAGUCUACAAACAAGUCUUUGAAAAUAGGUGAAUUUCUAGCUCUUCAUGGUCCUGAGAAUUGGUUUUAGUCUUUGCGAAGAAUGAAGAAGUGGAUUUGCUGUAUAUUUGUCACCAGCACUGGGUUUUUGUUUGUUUGUUUGUUUGUUUUUCUGCUUAAUUUCAAGGAUACAAUGCAGUUACUUUUGGGGGGGUGGGGAGGCUCAUCUUAAAAAAUGAGCAUUAAAUAUAUUUGGAAUAGCAGAAGGUUAAGUAAUUUCUUAUGUAUAGUUAAGCAGUACUUCAAUGGGACUUAUAAGUAUUUUUUCAUCACUGAAAAGAUUUUUCUUAUCACUAAAUUUUAUUUGGCAAUUAUUGCAAGUUGCCUGCAGAUAGGGCCGUGAUACUGUGUUUUCAGCCACAGAAGGUUGUGUGUGUGUGUGUGUGUGUGUGUGUGUGUGUCUAUAUCUAUAUCUUUCUCUCUUUCUUUCUUUUUGGAAAUCCUGUAAUAUCCCUUUUGAGGUAGCUUAUUUCGUCAAUUAAUUAGGGUGCUGGAUGGUAGAGAAUUUUGUCAGUCAACUAUGUACACACAGUAAAUACUGUUUCUUAGGCAAAGGUAACUUUUUUAUAUAGUUGUAAAAUUCCAUUAUAUUCCAUUGCCAAAGAAACAUUAAGAACUUUGUAUAGCUGUAUAAAAAGCAACUAAUUUUUUAAAGAAUAAACAUUUUAAAGUCAG